AUCUAAUUGCACAGAGUAGCCAAGUCAACGCCGAGUAGCGAAAGAAACAUAUACAAAUUCUGGAAGCUGCUAAUUGGCACACCACUGGUGGUGGACUAUAAAAAUAAGCAACUAAAAAGCUAAACACUAAGCCGCCGCCGGUUCUAGUUCUGCGUGCUUGGCGCAAAAAGCAAAUAAAAAUCAUAAAGAUCUUGGGGCAGUGCUGCAAUCGAUAAAUAAAUUCUGUGUGCGUUUUGUGGAAAUAAAAAGUGAAGAAGUGUGGGAAACGAGGGUCGUUAAAUUUAAUCACUGCCCAACUAGCUUAAAAGUGGGCAAAAAAUGAUUCACAGUCAGAUGGAGGACGCGGGCUACCAAAUUCGGCAGCAGGUUCUCAACCCGAACCAGCGCCAACAGCUGGAGGAUAACCGCCGCAUCAAAGAGCAGAUGGAGCAGUUGCAGAAAGAAAACGCCUCCCCGACCCGCCUCUACCUGCGCAAGAUGAAGGUCCAGGCGGAUGUGAACCUGCUCGACCAUCACGACUCCUUCUACCACACCACCAAGAGUCUGCUGGUGCUGUUCCAGAUCAUGGGCGUCAUGCCGAUCGUGCGCAGCCCCCCGGGUGUCAACAUGCCCCGGACGACCUUCAACUGGGGCUCGCGGGCCUUCAUCUGGGCGUACCUGAUCUACGCCAUCGAAACCGUCUACGUGGUGCUGGUGGCCAAGGAGCGCAUCAACAAGUUCAUCUCGAACAGCGACAAACGAUUUGACGAGGUUAUUUACAACGUCAUCUUUUUUUCUAUCAUGGUGCCGCAUUUUCUCCUUCCAACGGCCUCCUGGCGGAACGGAGCUGAGGUGGCCAAGUUUAAGAACAUGUGGACCGACUACCAGUACAAGUACCUGGUGGUUACGGGGAAGCCGAUCGUGUUUCCCAAGCUGUACCCGAUUACGUGGGCGCUUUGCGUCGUUUCCUGGGGGGUCAGCUUUGCGGUUAUAAUGUCCCAGUAUUAUCUGCAACCGGACUUUCAACUGUGGCACACGUUCGCCUAUUAUCACAUUAUAGCGAUGCUCAACGGAUUCUGCAGCCUUUGGUUCGUCAACUGCACGGCGUUCGGCGAGGCGUCCAAGGCCUUCGCCGCGGAGCUGUCCAACAUUUUCGCCACCGACCGUCCGGCGGACAAGCUCACCGAGUACCGGCACCUUUGGGUCGAUUUGAGCCACAUGAUGCAACAGCUAGGAAAAGCGUACUCCAACAUGUACGGCAUCUAUUGUUUGGUGAUUUUCUUCACCACAAUUAUCGCCACGUACGGGGCGCUCAGCGAAAUCAUCGAGCACGGCGCGACCUAUAAGGAGGUCGGAUUAUUCGUCAUUGUUUUCUACUGCAUGAGUCUGCUGUUUAUCAUUUGCAACGAGGCCCAUCACGCGUCCAAACGGGUGGGUCUCAACUUUCAAGAACGUCUGCUGAACGUAAACCUGACGGCGGUGGACAAAGCGACCCAGAAGGAGGUGGAAAUGUUCCUGGUGGCCAUCGACAAGAACCCGCCGACGAUGAAUCUGGACGGCUACGCCAACAUCAACCGAGGGCUAAUCACAUCUAACGUCUCCUUCAUGGCAACAUAUCUGGUCGUGCUGAUGCAGUUCAAGCUGACCCUGCUGAGACAGAGCGCCAAAAAGGCACUGAUUGCAUCGCUGACGACCAAUUUGACCAACAUUGCGGCGCCCAAAACGAACCCACAAUAGACAGAGACACAACCCUGCUGGACUUUCUUUCCCAAAUCAGCAAAAAAAAAGCAAAUAUUUCCCGAUUA